GCCGUCGCGACGCUCCGCGGCGCGUGUGUGCGUUGACUCCGUGCGUUCGCAUCGUUCGCGUAAAAAUACGGAAGUAAAAAGAAAUAGUAAGAGGAGAGAAUAUUCGUCUGCGGCAAGAGAGAAAGAGAGAAACAGCCGCGUCGUGCGACAGAGUGUCAUCAGGGCUCGCGUGAUUGCUUGUCGCGUUGUGAAGAGUGUCUCGGGCCGGUGAAUUCCGAAUCUAGUCUGGUGCUAGUAGUAAUUGAGAGUAAUUAGUGAUACACAAUCGAUUGAGAUAGAGUGUCUCGCGUGUGCCGCGUGGUGAUCGACAGGAUUCCGCUGGAGCAUGCGACAGUAAGGACUUAUUAUCGAACCCAGCGAUACGUGCAUGUUCAUCGCCGGACGAUGGCUGGACUACGCUACGUUUACCGGCUCUUCGUCAUCCUGGAAUACCUGUCGGUCGUCCUGGUGCUCGCCCAGAACCCCGUGGAGGAGAAGACCACCUUCGAGGCCGCUUUUCAAGGAAGAUGCGGGCACGGAUCGCCGUGCGAGCAACUCUGCUACGAACUCCACGACGGCAUGUACGAGUGCGACUGUAAGGACGGCUAUAUACUUCAUAAAAAUGGAUACAGUUGCGCCGAGCUCAACUCGACGUCGCCAUCGACGAGCGAACUUGGCGAGCUCAUCGACGAGGCCGAGAGCGAUGAGGCGAACGCGGACAAUGCGGAUGAUGAGGAUGCGGUCGAGGACAUCCUUUAUAUGCGCGGUGCAAGCUUUACGAUACAUCUGGAUGCUCCAGCCGAGAAUUCUACCGCGGACGCGACGAAGAUAAACGAGGGGAAUGGCGCGGAACGGAUCGAGCUGCGCGCCACGUCUCAGGGUCCAAAUCUGGAGCAAAAACUGCCAUCCACGAUGGAGAGUAUCGUGAGUACCGAACCAGCGUGUUCCUUGGACUGCGGGCCAGCUGGAAAUUGUUAUAUCGAACAAUCCCGUGGAGAUGAAGUUGACGUUGUGAUCGAGGAUGACGAGGACGGAAUUGUGGAUCUCGAGGGCAAUACCGUGAAUCUUAGACGAAAGCAGGGAACGUUCAGACAGAGAUGCCAAUGUCCUCUGGGAAGAGGCGGUGAUCGUUGUCAGCUCGAGGCUGAAGUGAGAUCGCCGCGUUUCACUGGAUCGGGCUGGCUGGCUUUUCCCGCCUUAAGAGCCGCUUACAAACACGUGCAAUUGGAGCUGGAAUUUCGGCCCGAAGCGUGGGAUGGGGUACUUCUAUUGGCGGGAGAACGAGACGAUCUUCAAGGCGAUUUUAUGGCUUUGAUACUUCAUCACGGCUUUAUCGAGUUCAGGUUCGACUGCGGCAGCGGUGUGGGUACCGUCAGGAGUACGGAAACGGUGAAGCUGAAUGAGUGGAACACUCUGAGUGUCUACAGACAUCGAUGGGACGCCUGGAUCCAACUGAAUCAGGAGAAGAGGGUGGAGGGACGAUCGAAGGGCUUGUUCUCGAGAAUUACGUUCCGCGAGCCGCUCUUCGUCGGCGGACCUGGAAACACGACCGGUUUGGAGCGACUUCCGGUUAGGACCGGAUUUAAGGGCUGCAUCCGGCAUUUGGAGGCGAACGAGCACCACUAUCGCUUCCCAUUGGCCCCGCAGGGCGAUGCCGCGAACGGAUUCGACGUUGAGGAGUGCACGGCCGACAGGUGCAGCAAGGUGCCGUGUUCCCACGGUGGAAAAUGCCUGACGACCGGAGGCGACACCGCUGUCUGCCUCUGCCCGCUCGGCUACACGGGUGAUCUCUGCGAAACCCGAGUGGACCUGCAGGUUCCAUCCUUCAACGGAUCCUCUUACCUACGUUAUCCAGGAUUGGCGGAUACGUCGCUGUCGUGGCUGGAAUUGUCCGUCACGUUAAAACCGACAGCCCCGGACGGUGUGAUACUCUACAACGGCCAUCACAGCGAUGCCACCGGUGACUUUAUUGCGCUCUAUCUCUCCUCGGGCCACGUGCAGUUCACUUUCGACCUCGGAACAGGACCUGCCACUCUGAGGAGCGAGAAUCCGGUUCGUCUCGGCGAAUGGGUCGAAGUUCGAGUCUCUAGGACAGGUCGUUUGGCAUCCCUGGAAGUUGAGGAAGACCCAGCCCAGGAAAUCCUGGCGCCCGGAGCGUUCACGCAAUUAUCCUUACCGCUGAAUCUCUAUUUAGGCGGCGCGCCGUCGUCCGACAUGUACUCGCCGAAGAUGAAAACUACGGCCAGCUUCGUCGGCUGCAUUCAGACGAUCGUGCUGAAUAAUCGUGAGAUGGGCAUUCUAGCAGAGGCGCUUGGUGGGGUGAACGUGGGUAAUUGCGGGCACGCGUGCGAGGCGAGACCCUGCGGCGAUGCGGAGUGCCGGCCUCUCCGUGAGCGAUUCACCUGUCGGUGUCGUCCGGGUGUACCGCACCCAUGUCCGGCGCCAGACGAUUAUACGCGGCUGGUGCCAUCGCCAGCCAGAGCCAGCAGCAGCAACGCCGUGACGUCCGUGAGAUACGAGAGGGCUGUGCCCAGCUUCACCGGCAGCGAGAGCUAUCUGCAUUACAACGACGCCGACACGAUGAAAAGGAUAAUCAGCUACCGCGUGGACAUCAACAUGAGAUUCCGCGUCAGCAGCAGCAGCGGCCUGCUUCUGUGGAGCGGCCGGCAAUCGGAUUCUCAGGAACAAAGGGACGAGAACGACGAUUUUCUCGCCCUCGGCUUGGAUCACGGUUACCUCACUCUCGCGUAUAAUUUGGGUUCCGGGGAGGCUGUGCUCCGAUAUAAUCUCACGCGAUUGGAUGACGAUCUAUGGCAUCGUAUCAGAGCUGUUAGAAACGAGCAAUGGGCAUCUCUCGUCGUAGAUAGUGGUACUGGAGUCUCGGCAUCUUCCCCGGGGCAACUGAGACAAUUGAACACUGAUACUGGUCUUUACGUUGGCGGUGCACCGGACAUCGUGAGGACAACGGGUGGCAGAUACGCGAAGGGUAUCGUGGGUUGCAUCAGCGACCUCGUGUUGGACUCGGACUUCUCCGUCGCCCUGUCGUCGCCGGCGCAGGCGACCAACACGCACUCGUGCAUUCCAUGAAAGAGAGAUAUCCGUGCCGUUCGACGUCAGAUGGUGGUGUUGUCGGGUCCAUCCCGAAGUUAGGAUAUGAAAAUUUAAGGAUAACGAAUCGCAUCGCGGCGAAAGUGAAACGCGAUAGAGUGCCCCGCGCGUAAGUGCAUCUGCGUCUCUCGCGCAUCCCGCGCGCGAUUCAUCAUUUUUGUACAGACUCAUCCUUCCACGGGUGGAACUCUCGAGAAGAUGGAUAUCGGAGUGGCCGGACAACCGACCGGUCGUCGUGCGAGUGCCAUCGAAUGGUACAUAUAUAGGCGGCUUUACUGUAAAUAUUAAUAGGGCGAUCCGCGCGGAGAGAUGUCUCGUGGCAUCGAUCCUCGGUGCAGCGACUUUCUGUUCUGACCGGUCCAUAUAUAGAUCGGUCUUUCAUAGAAAAAGAUUUGAUCGAGGGCGUCGGAUAAACGAGACGACGAAGUGAUUUUCUUAUGACAGAAUUACAAGCUAUCGCAAAAUUACGAAACACUAAAUGAAC